AUGGCGGAUGGCGGACCCGUCGGAUCAACGGCUAGCGAUUGCGGCUUCUGGUGCCUGGUUACCAGUCGCCGGUUCGCCGAGGCUGUUUCGUCGCUGGCGAAGCCGAGAGAGGUGGUGCUGCGACCCAAGGAGGAGCAGGAUCUGGUGGGAUUCGGAUGGCGGGAGAUUCUGGGGUUGAAAGAGAAGUCAUCGGGGAACGCUGAGCUUGCAGCUGAGACACAUCAGGUGUACUACGUUACGAAUCGGGUGUGCGAGAGGGAGGACGAGAAGAUGGGCAAGGUGUACGGCAAGCUCAUGGACAGUGGCCUGCACGUGGGCGUGGUGGAUGUGGACUGUCCUAAUGGCAAGCCGCAGGUGAAGGCAGAGGGGCAGCUUGUAACGAGUAUGGAAUCGGAGGCGUUCAAGCAGCGGCUGAGAGAGCAUGUGGCUCGCGAUGAGAACAAGGCGGUGCUUGUUUACGUGCAUGGCUGCUUCACUGAUUUCAGCCGGGGCAUGGGCUACGGAGCAUUCAUGCAGCGUGGCCUCGACUUCAACGGGCCCAUGGUGGUGUACAGCUGGCCGACGGUGGGGCGGCCGUCCGUGUCGGUGGGGUUGGGGGUGAUCAGCCUGUACCGCCAGGACGAGAUCACAUGCAUGCAGGCCGCUCCUGACCUCAGGUCGAAAGCCGUGCAUGUGAUGCCAUACAGCAUGGGCGUGCACGUGAUGCCAUACAGCAUGGGCGUGCAUGUGAUGCCAUACAGCAUGGGCGUGCAUGUGAUGCCAUACAGCAUGGGCGUGCAUGUGAUGCCAUACAGCAUGGGCGUGCAUGUGAUGCCAUACAGCAUGGGCGUGCAUGUGAUGCCAUACAGCAUGGGCGUGCAUGUGAUGCCAUACAGCAUGGGCGUGCAUGUGAUGCCAUACAGCAUGGGCGUGCAUGUGAUGCCAUACAGCAUGGGCGUGCAUGUGAUGCCAUACAGCAUGGGCGUGCACGUGAUGCCAUACAGCAUGGGCGUGCAUGUGAUGCCAUACAGCAUGGGCGUGCACGUGAUGCCAUACAGCAUGGGCGUGCAUGUGAUGCCAUACAGCAUGGGCGUGCACGUGAUGCCAUACAGCAUGGGCGUGCAUGUGAUGCCAUACAGCAUGGGCGUGCAUGUGAUGCCAUACAGCAUGGGCGUGCAUGUGAUGCCAUACAGCAUGGGCGUGCAUGUGAUGCCAUACAGCAUGGGCGUGCACGUGAUGCCAUACAGCAUGGGCGUGCAUGUGAUGCCAUACAGCAUGGGCGUGCAUGUGAUGCCAUACAGCAUGGGCGUGCAUGUGAUGCCAUACAGCAUGGGCGUGCAUGUGAUGCCAUACAGCAUGGGCGUGCACGUGAUGCCAUACAGCAUGGGCGUGCAUGUGAUGCCAUACAGCAUGGGCGAUGUCCUCCAGAUGCUGUCUAGAGAACUAGGAGCAAAGGCCGUGCAUGUGAUAGCGUACUGCAUGGGCGCGCGCAUGAUCCCCAACCAACCCCCCCUCAUCCUUUGCUUCCCUGCCCACAGGACUCAUUCAUACCCCUUCCCCCUUCCUCGCUGCCCACAGGAUUUGCUGCAGAUGCUGUCUAGAGAAGUGGGAGCUAAAGCGGUGCACGUGAUGCCAUACAGCAUGGGCGCGCGCACACUAUUAGAGGCCCUCCGCCUGUCGUCAGUCUCCCCGCCGCACCUGGACCCCUUCCAUGCCUCCACCGGCGUCACCUCCCACAUCUACUUCAUGGCUCCUGACGUCGUCGCCCACUCCUUCUCCUUCAUUAUACGGACGGAGGUCCAAUCUAGUUCCCCUGUUUCUCCUGUUUCUGUUUUCCCAACCCCACAGGACCUGCUGCAAAUGCUCUCAACCGAAGUGGGAGCCAAGGCCGUCCACGUAAUGGCAUACAGCAUGGGCGCACGCACACUAUUGGAAGCUCUGCGCCUCUCCUCAGUUUCACCGCCGCACCUGGACCCCUUCCACGCCCGCACCGGCGUCACCUCCCACAUCUACUUCAUGGCUCCUGACGUCGCUGCUCACUCCUUCUCCUCUGUCAUACGGAGAUUCAAGUUCCCGGGGAUUGCGUGGGACGGGGAGGCGGAGGAAAAAGAGAGGUCUGCUGGGGGUGCGUUGGAAAGAGGGGCAGAGGAGGGGGAAACGGGCCCUGGGGCUUCGGAUGUCAGCCACCCUUUGACCCUUCUCCAGCAAGCCCAGCACGUGCAGGCAGCACCUGUGGUGUUGCCAUUGCCAUCCUCUCCUUCCUCUCCUUCCUCUCCUUCCUCUCGUUCCUCGCCUCUCUCCCCCUCAUCACCCCACACUUCGUAUUCCCCUUCUUCCCCACCUUCCUCCACACCUUCCUCCACACCUUCCUUAGUAACUCCUUCCCCCGCUCCUUCCUCCGCAGCAUCCUCUGCCCCUGCCUCCUCACCUUCCUCCUCCACGUAUGACUUAAAUGCACGCAGUCACGAUUCCAUGAUAGAGAGGAUUGCAGACGUGUGGAACGUGGCUGGGGAAAGCAACUCAGGCUGGGUAACGCUACGGCAGGCUUGGCAGGAGGUUCGGGAAAAGGGGCUGAUGGAGGUUUGGAGCGAGAUAUUCCACCCGCCAGGCCUUGCCGAACCUGGUGGCCAUGGGUCUGCCAAGGCUGUCCGUGCAGGGCGGGGCUCAGACGAUUUCCUCCUGUGCUGCGGACAUAAGGCGUUCGAUACAGUUGAUGUGAGCAGCCUGAACAGCGGGCUGCUCAGCACGGGCCACUUCUACCUCUUCCACCAUCUCUUGCCCUCCUUCCCUCCUUCACCCGUCUUUCCUGUCUCCCCAACCCUUGCAGGUGCGUGCAGGUCGAGGUUCCGAUGA